AUGCUAAGUUGGGUACGCGAUAACCUCAAAGACCUAAAGCCGAAGGACUUUUACAAAGAACUUGGCUACUCACAUACUUCACGGAAACAAGCUGAGGAAAAAUUACGAGAGUUACUUACAGCAAUCAAGAAUGAGAACAAUAUUAUCAAUCGGAAAAAGGCGAUUUGCUUGUUAGAUAGUUUUGAAUCGUGGACGCAUUCAAUUGACUGUGAGAAGUACUGGUUGGAUGUGGAGGCUUCACUUGGCGGGUAUUCAUCACACGAAGUGGCGGGACGAAUUUCAGCGUAUAAUACCAUCAAAAAUUUCACUAUAAAGAUCAACGAUGAGGAAGAAGCUCUAAAUGAAUUUCAACCUCCAUCAAAUGAUAAAUCUAAACCACAAACGUCAGAGAAUAAAAUAAUCAAAGAUCCCAAGAAUAAUCCGUUUUUUGUAAGAUCAAAUGAUAGCGAUGGAAACUGGCGUCCUGAAUGUGAAGAUGAGGAAGAUAAAUUAGCUGAAUCUAAUGGGGGGCUUUCAAAUUCGUUUUGUUCAUCGAAUUGCACGGAGAACUAUGAAAAAAGAAUUGAACUUGAGCAGUUAAGACAUGCCGAAAGUACAAUACGUGCCGUAAAUGAAUCAGCAGAAGACGUUCGUUCCGUUUCAUAUUCUGAAACUAAGUUAUUAUUAAAACGUAAGAGACAAGAUGACGUGAAUUGUUUUGAUAAAGGAGCUGACAAACGAAACCGUUGCAAAAUUCCGAAAAAUAAGAUACGAACCACUAAUGGAACGGUAGUGGAAGAGUCCUCUUCCAAUUUCCUUAUGAACAUCUCUGAGACUUCUUUAACACAACUGUCUCAUGCCGAAUCCAAAGUAGUAAACGAAGAAAUCGGUAGCGAAAUAAAGUCUAUUGAUGUUGAACUUUCUCUCAAUUCCCCUAUGAACGUCUCCUCUGAAACUACUUUAACGCAACUAUCUUAUAAUGAAUCCCAAAUGGUAAACGAAAAAACCGAUAGCGAAACAAAGUCUAUUGAUGAUGGACUUUCUCCUAAUUCCCUUACGAGCGUCUCCUCCGAGAUUUCUUUAGCGCAACUAUCUUAUACCGAAUCCCAAGUGUUAAACGAAGAAACCGAUAGCGAAAUAAAGUCUAUUGAUGAUGAAAUCUCUCCUAAUUCCCUUACGAACGUCUCCUCUGAGACUUUAUCGCAAAAAUCUUAUACAAACACUACCGAAGUUGAUUCAUCUUUGGAAUCGGCAAAAAUGGACGUCUUAGCGGGUAAAAAAUUGAUUUAUGAGGGAUUAGAUGUUUUAGAUUCGGCUCGAUCAAAUAUGAAUAUGAAAUCUAAAAUAGCGAAAAGCCCCAUCUGCAUUGGUGUUAUUAACAUUCAUAAUCCAGACUGCACCAAGUUUUUACCUGAAAAUUUUAAGUACUUUAUCGCAAAUCAGCUCCAAAACUGUGAAGCUAGAGACAUUCAAUUUACUAAUGAACGAAAAAUUGAUAAUUUUACGGUUGAUUGCGAAGAGGAAGUGUUGCACUUCUUGGAGAAAUUUGAUCAUGUAGACAAUUUGAAGUCCCUUGGAGAAUGUCUUGACGAAAAUUCGAUUAAUCACUCCACUGCAACGAAUGACCUCAUUUACGUACAGAAUCUUUUCAACCACUUUUUUUUCUUAUAUAAAAACGACAUUUUGCUACAGUCUAUAUCUGAAAGCGAGUUUAACGCAUACGUGUGGACCCCACUGCUUAAGGAUGCAUUCCUAGGAAAGGACGAUCUGAAGUUAAGUUGCGGAGAAUUGGCGUCAAUUUCGUACGAAAAAUUAAAGGAGAUCCUAGAUAUUGGCGGUCGCAGUGCACCAAAAUUAGAUGGUAAAGGACUCCUAAAAGCAUUGGGCACGGAAAUUCUUGUCCAGGAAGAUGGUGUUCUUAAUACUCGUAGUAAUGAAAAUUAG